AUGAACUUUGCUUUAAGUGACAGGACUAAAGCAAUAUAUUUACAGAAUUGGAAUACAUUUCUUAUAUUUUGUAACACACAUAAUCUUAAGGUUGAACUUCCUAUUUCAGAACAGAAUUUGGUCAAUUAUCUAGCACAUUUAUGUACAAAGGGAUACAAACUAAGCACAAUAUCUACACAUGCUUCCUCUUUAGCUUACAUUAACAAGUAUCUAGGUUUUAAAGAUUUUUCGGAAUCCUUCUUAGUUAAACAAUUAUUCAAAGGCAUUGCCAACUUGAAAACUAAUAGUGAAAUGCCAGAUACCAGGUUACCUAUUACACAUGAGUUACUGCAUAAAAUGCUAACAGCGCUUCCACACACCAUUCAAAAUUUUUAUCAGCGCACUCUUUUUGCAACUAUGUGUAUUCUCGCUUUCUAUGGCUUUUUUAGAAUUGGUGAAUUGUGUAAAAAGAAAGCCAAUGAUACAAGCAGCCAUGCCAUUUUAUUUAAAAAUGUCAAAAUCAUAGAACAACCCCAAGGUACCACUGGUGUUCAAAUACACUUACCCAGUUUUAAACAUAGCACAAAAGCUGUAACUUUAUUUCUACCUGAACUACAACAUAGUCCUGUCACAUGCCCUGUUGCUGCAAUUAAAAACUACUUGACUCACUUUAAACAUAAGGAGGGCCCCUUUUUUCAAUUCAUAAAUGGUGAAGCGGUAUCUUAUGCAUUCUUUAAUGAAAAGUUGCGAAACACUAUUGCGUUCCUAGGUUUUGACAUUUCUAAAUACAAGUCACACUCCUUCAGAAUUGGAGCUGCAACUAAUGCAGCAAUGCAAGGUCACUCUGAAGAAAUCAUUAAACGGUUAGGACGUUGGAAAUCCAAUGCUUCACAAAAUUAUAUCCGCAUCCCACUUAUAAUGCUACCUUAAUGAAGUACUGAGAAAUAAACAAUAGUUAGCAAAAGCAUACAUGUUCAGCAUAAGGCUGCAUGUACUUCCUUAUGCUUCGAUAAACAUUAAAAAUAUUAACAGAAGGUGUGUAAUUGCUGUAAAAGGUCUACGGCCAGGUAGCCGUCAAUUCAUUUACUGGUUAAUUACAUUACUCUGAAUUCACUUUUCUGUCAUUGCCAAUUUUAUAAAAUUGUAUAAGUUAGAACAAGUUCAGUAUAAGGCUGCUUGUAGGUUCUUAGAUAUAUGUCUUUUUUGUUUUUUGUUUUUCUGUUUUUGUUUUUUUGUAUAUAUUACAUUUGUAUCCUUUUUGCAUCGUAACAAUACAAGUCCAGCACAAGGCUGCUUGUUGUAAUAUAUGUUAAUAAUUUCAUAAGUUUUGGAUGUAUAACUUCAGCACAAAAUGCUGUAUUACUAGGUGCUAGACAAUUACUCUCACUCCAAGUACAGUACAAGGCUGCUUGGUACAUUUAAUGAUUUGCUUGUCUGUAACAGUUCAGCACUGGACUGCUUGUCACAUUUUGCUAGUCAUUUUAAGUUGCUUCAAGUUCAGCAUAAGGCUGCUUGCUAGCCAAUUCUAGUCAAUUUUAGGCUCUUUUAAGUAUAGCACAAGCCUGCUUGUUUUAUUAGUUGCUAGUCAAAUAGAAACACUUUAAGUCCAGCACAAUGCUAAAUAAUAUAAUGUUUGAAAGUAACUUGUUUAUAUAUAUAUAUGUAUUGUUACUACAUUGUUGUUGUUUUGUUAUAUUUUGAAUUUUUUUUAAAUUUUUUUUUACCCUUAAAUAGGAACAUAUUCCCUGUAACAUUUUAAAUUCCAAAGGCAUUAUGUAAGUCAGUUGUCUUCUUCUGACAAAUAUAUUUUAUAACUUACAUGUAGUUCUUGACAAAAACUCUCAACAACAAGGUUAACACUUCCGAGGUUCGGGUGGGUACGCAUCAAGAGUUAUUUACAUAACACCUGUUGCUUUUGGCGGUUUUAUGUUACCCACCUAUGUGUGGAGCCUACAUUAUUUGAAACUGUUCAUUUGAUAACUAUUUUCAUAUGCAUAUUUUAUUUUCGUCAUUUAAAAUAAAAUGACAUUUUCACAAUAUUGUGUUGGUAUUAUAUCUAGUCUCUCACAUAUAAACUUCACCUCGGAAGUGGUUUUUCUAAUACUGAAAGGGGAAGAUUCAAAGGAUAUUUAACGUAGAUAAAUGUGUUUGAGUCGCCCCCUGGAAAAAGAUUAAGAUUAGUAUUUUGAGGCGGCCCCUCCAGAAUAUUUUGAGGCGGCCCCCUCCAUUAUCGAUCAUUCAGUCACGUGACGUUUUUAGCGUGGACAAAGCAGAUUGAUCAUCCGCAACAAAGUCUUCCCUCCAUCCUCCCCAACCACCUCCUUUGCCAUGAGGAAUAUUUACUUAAAUUUUUUUUUUUGCAAUUUGUCUUAAAUGUUUUUCAUGAUAGUUAGAAAAUGUAUUUUUGCAAUUUGUUUUAAAUGUUUUUUAUGAUAGUUGGUAAAUGCAUUUACACUGAUUUUAGGUUUUAUGUUACCCACCUAUGUGUGGGGCGGUUUUAUGUUACCCACCUAUGUGUGGAGCCUACAUUAUUUGAAACUGUUCAUUUGAUAACUAUUUUCAUAUGCAUAUUUUAUUUUGGCGGUUUUAUGUUACCCACCUAUGUGUGGAGCCUACAUUAUUUGAAACUGUUCAUUUGAUAACUAUUUUCAUAUGCAUAUUUUAUUUUCGUCAUUUAAAAUAAAAUGACAUUUUCACG